AUGGCUUCCAGAAUCCCAGAAAUCCUCUUGCUAUGCAUGGACAACAACUUCAUCACUGCCUUCAAUGAAGCACUGCGUGCUCGCUGGCCGGGGUACACCCCCGACAAGGUCAAGAUCACCCCAAUCAACGCGCGCCUGAACAAUCUCCCCGGAUCCACGACAUUCGACCUGGUAGUUUCCCCCGCCAACUCCUACGGUCGGCUAGACGGGGCGUUUGACGACGCCAUUUCGAUGGCAUUCAGCCCGAGGGAUGAUUACUAUGCGCUGACGCGUGCCGCGCAAAGAGUACUCUACGACAAAUGGAGGGGUUAUGCGCCGCCGGGCACGUGUACGCUCGUUGAGUUCCCGAGGGCCUUGAAGCGAAAUAAGUUCGAGUGCAAGUGGGUGGCGCUCUGUCCGACGAUGCGCGAGCCCACCAACGUCACCUGGGACCGUGAGGUCGUGUUUGAAUGUAUCUGGAGCUUGCUGUGCCAGAUCGAAGGCCAUAAUCGACAGAGCAAGCAUGAUCCUAUCAGGACCAUCCUGAUGACGCCGUUGGCUACCGGGAUAGGCAAGGUCAGUAAGGAGCGCUGGGCGGCACAGACGGUUGUCGCGCUGAAGCAGUUCGUGGAGGCCCUCACCGAGCCGGAGACAUGGAGUCGGCUAGAGUGGGACAAGAUUUCACAGACUGGUGAUGAAAUCAAAGCUACGUGGAAGAAGUGA